AUGUCCUCCAUGGAAGCAGAACACAAAGGAUAUCAGCGACGCUUCGCUACAACAUUUUGGGGUAUAACUGAUCUCCAAGCAAUGAAGGAUAUGGGAUAUUGUGUUUGUGGAGAGCGAGAGGGAGCCACCAGGUUGAUGCUCGGAGGCAUUGAGGAUGCACCCAGUCCGGAGACCUUGGCAGGCGUUGCAGCAUACCUAUCACGAGAAGCCCUUGUCGCCCUCAAGGGGAGUCACUGUUCGAAGCAGGGAACAGUGUGUAAGGUGAGAUUCACUGGCACAUGUACGCAGGUGUUUUGUUGUUGUAGAGCAAUUGCAGAUGCACUGAUAUCUAUUCAGAGGAAGCUUUUCUACAAUAACGCACGCCUAACUCUUAACCAACAGCGCGAUGCAACGAAGCAGGGCACGGAGGAGCUUUCUUUGGCAGCUUUGCAUGGAAGCAAGCUUCUGCUCUCCUCCGCCAUUGGCUCAGAACGUCUCUUUCCCGCCAUCCAUCAACUGCAAUGCGUGACAGACAAUCUGCAAUUUACAUUGGACUCCCUCAGAUCAGUCGCAAUAUCCAUCGAGGCCACAUCUCACGAUCAGGAACUCAGUAUUUAUGGAAUCUCGAAAGCAGACACGUUAGUCUCUACAGAUAUUCAGUUAUUAGCCUUUAAUUUGUAUCGUAAUACAACGGAUAGCGCCAUACAGGCAUACACAAAUGCACUCAUUGAGGCAGCAAAGUUACUGGAGACGGUGUUCCAAUAUGCCAAGCUUGUGAUCAGCCCCUACCGCCUUAUUUGGAAUGGUGUGGCUAUAGUGGCCACGCAAGAUUUGUGGAGCAACACGUGCAAAAAGCUCACAGACCUACUGAACCACACUCUAAACGGAAGCUUUACUGGUAGCAUUGUAAAGUACGACAGACAACACAUAUUCAACGCCCAUGGGAGCCUGAACAAUGUGCUGGGAAACAUCUACGCUGCCAGGACACUCCCACUCUAUGAGGUAGAACUAGGUUUGGAUGAGGAGCUUGAGGAGCAUCAGGUAGGCGUGUCUUCUAUAGAGUGCUUAGCAAUCUUAAACGCUGUUGCAGAUCAAGAUCAACGUGACACAGAGAGCAUGGAAGAGCUUGUUGCAGAUCUAUGGGAGUACUGUGAGUCUAUAACUAUCAAAGGGGCCAUAAUUAGCAUAGCAUUUUCUGGAGAAUCUCCAGCACUCACGGGAUUCCUAAAUGAGGAAUCUGGGGCCUGGGUGUCCUUUUCCGGACUUGAGCUAGAGGUGAGUCCAUGUCCGUGGAAAGGCGUUUUAAUUGUUCAGUUAAAGCCAGAAUAUCUGCAGAUACUACAAGAGGGGCUGAAUCGCGCCUCAUACAAGGGCCGGACUCUAUAUGCAAUCAGGAUAAUGUGUCCUUCUGAACUGGUCGAGCAUCCACAAUCAACACAGACAGACGACGAGGGGUCAACAAUCUGA